AAAUGUAAUAAUAUAUUUUGCGAAUUUUCUUUAGGGGAAGUUUGACAAAAAUUUGCUCAUUCUCCACCACCACCACUGUCUCCUCCUCUUUAUACAGAUUCGCUCGCUUACUCAAAUCAAAAGUACGCAAAAAAAUCAAUUUCUCAAUCAAUCUGAAUCUCUCUAAUGGUGAAUUACUGCGGCACCUGAAAACAAACACACAUAUAGAGUGUGAGAGAGUGAGAGAGCUUCGUAUUGAAUACAUAGUGGAUCGAUGAGAAACUCUCUCUCCUUCGAGAUCGACGACAAUGGCGGCGCCGGAAGAGACGGGAACCACAGCGUCGUCCGAGAUCGCCUCCGUCUCAAGCCUAUCACGAGCGAGAGGCGAGAUCGAUCUCACUCCGGUUCGGAUCGGUCCUCCUUGCGUAGUACUCGGCCUCAUAAUCACAUUGGCAGAUCGGUUAACCGCAAGGGAGGAGUGCUCGCGUGGCUCAAGCCGCGUGGCAACUGGCUGCUCUACGUUCUGGUGGCGUUCACGGUCUGCGCGUUCGUCAUGUCCUCGAUGCUGCUCCAGAGUUCGAUCACGUGGCAAGGGAACGCGAAGGGAGGAAGGCAGGGGAGGAGCCGGAUUGGAUUCGGGAGUAGGUUGAGGUACGUCCCUGGAGGGAUCGCGAGGGAGUUGAUCGAAGGAGAAGGUCUUGAUUCGUUGCGGUCGGCGGUUAGGAUCGGCGUUCGUCCGCCGAGGCUUGCGCUCAUACUAGGGAAUAUGAAGAAAGAUUCCCGAACACUAAUGUUGGUCACAGUGAUGAAGAAUCUUCAAAAACUGGGUUAUGUGUUUAAGGUUUUUGCCGUAGAGAAUGGCGAAGCACGUUCACUGUGGGAACAGUUAGCUGGCCAUGUUAAAGUUCUGGUUUCAGAUCAGCUGGGGCAGGCUGAUUGGACAAUUUUUGAAGGUGUUAUUGCUGAUUCGCUUGAAGCAAAAGAAGCCAUUUCAAGCCUAAUGCAGGAGCCAUUUCGUUCAGUGCCACUUAUAUGGAUAGUUCAUGAAGACAUUCUUGCAAGUCGGUUGCCUGUUUACCUAAAGAUGGGCCAGAAUUCUCUAAUAUCCCACUGGAGAAGUGCUUUUGCGAGAGCAAAUGUCGUUGUCUUUCCACAGUUUACUCUGCCGAUGUUACAUAGUGUUCUUGAUGAUGGGAACUUCGUUGUGAUUCCGGAAUCACUAGUCGAUGUUUGGGCUGCUGAAAGCUACAGUGAAGUCCACAGAAAGCAAAAACUGAGGGAGAUUAACGGAUUUGAUGAGGAUGACCUGAUCAUCGUGGUGCUUGGGAGCUCCUUCUUUUAUGAUGAGUUUUCUUGGGAUAAUGCCGUGGCAAUGCACAUGUUGGGACCACUAUUAACACGAUACGGGAGGAGAAAAGAUACUGGCGGUCCCUUUAAGUUUGUUUUUCUAUAUGGUAAUUCUACCGAAGGACAGAACGAUGCUGUGCAGGAGGUUGCAUCGAGACUUGGGUUGACCCAAGGCACUGUUCGGCAUUUUGGUUUGAAUGAGGAUGUGAAUAGAGUUCUACUGAUGGCUGAUAUUCUUGUUUAUGCUUCUUCACAAGAGGAACAAAGUUUUCCUCCGUUAGUUGUCCGAGCUAUGAGCUUUGGCAUCCCGAUUAUAACACCUGACUUUCCUGUCAUGAAAAAAUAUAUGGCUGAUGGAGUUCAUGGCAUAUUUUUUCAAAGAAAUGACCCUGAUGCAUUGCUAAAGGCCUUCUCACCCUUGGUGUCAGAUGGAAGGAUCUCUAAAUUUGCUCAAACAAUUGCUUCCUCAGGAAGACUUUUAACUAAGAACAUGAUGGCAGCAGAAUGCAUAACUGGUUAUGCUAGGCUUUUGGAGAACGUUGUCCAUUUCCCAUCUGAUACUUUCUUGCCAGGUUAUAUUUCUCAACUUCAAGUGGCCUCGUGGGAGUGGAGUCUGUUCAGGAGCGAAAUAGGGCCGCCAAGAACCACUUAUGCAUCCAUCGGAAGACCUGGAAUUGUUUUCCAAGUCGAAGAGAAGUUCACGGGUGUUGUUGACUCAACAAACCCUGUUGAUAACAACACCAUAUUUAUUUCAGAUGAGUUUCCUUCCAAAUUAGACUGGGAUGUUCUUGAAGAGAUUGAGGGAGCUGAAGAGUACGAGAAAGUAGAAUCCGAGGAGCUAGAGGACCGAAUGGAAAGAGAUGUUGAGGAUUGGGAGGAGAUAUACCGGAAUGCUCGCAGAUCGGAGAAGCUAAAGUUUGAGGUGAACGAACGGGAUGAAGGAGAGCUUGAACGCACUGGUCAGCCGUUAUGUAUUUACGAGGUUUACGAUGGAGCUGGUGCCUGGCCCUUUCUGCAUCAUGGAUCUCUAUACCGUGGUUUGAGCCUGUCCAGCAAAGAUCGAAGGCUAAGCUCAGACGACGUAGAUGCAGCAGACCGAUUACCUCUGCUGAAUGAUAGUCAUUAUCGAGAUAUCCUCUGCGAAAUUGGAGGAAUGUUUGCUGUUGCAAAUAAAGUUGAUAGCAUUCACAUGAGACCUUGGAUUGGAUUUCAGUCAUGGCGUGCUGCUGGUAGGAAGGUCUCGUUAUCAUCAAAAGCUGAAGGGUCCCUGGAAAACAUUAUACAACAGGAUACCAAGGGAGAGAUUGUUUACUUUUGGACAAAGCUAGACAUUGACGGUGACGCACUUGGAAGUAGAAAUGCACUUACAUUCUGGUCCAUGUGUGAUAUCCUUAACCAAGGAAACUGCAGGACCACUUUUGAAGAGGCAUUCCGGCAUAUGUAUGGGUUGCCAGAACACAUUGAAGCGCUUCCACCCAUGCCUGAGGAUGGUCAUCACUGGUCUUCUCUCCACAACUGGGUGAUGCCAACUCCGUCUUUCCUCGAGUUUGUCAUGUUCUCACGGAUGUUCUCAGAGUCUCUAGAUGCAUUGCACAACAAUCCUAACGACUCCAAAAGCUGCUCAUUAUCUUCAUCGCAGCUCGAGAGAAAGCACUGUUACUGCCGGGUCUUGGAACUGUUGGUUAAUGUGUGGGCAUACCACAGCGGGAGAAAGAUGGUUUACAUAAACCCUAGAGACGGUUCACUCGAGGAACAGCAUCCGUUACCGCAACGAAGAGGUUUGAUGUGGGCUAAGUACUUUAACUUCACGUUACUGAAAAAUAUGGACGAGGACUUAGCAGAAGCAGCAGAUGAUAACGACCAUCCAAGAGAGAGAUGGUUAUGGCCACUAACCGGAGAGGUGCAUUGGAAAGGCGUUUACGAGAGGGAACGUGAAGAAAGAUACCGAUUCAAAAUGGACAAGAAACGUAAAACUAAGGAGAAACUUUACGAUAGAAUCAAGAACGGUUACAAGCAGAAAUCACUCGGAAGAUGAAAACAGAGAACUACUUUUUGCGGUGCAUUCAAAGAAGAUCAACGUGCUCUCUCUCAGUCGCAGACAACACAUGAGAUUUACACAGAAAGAUAUCAUCGAAAGCAAAGAGAUCACUCUUUUACCAUUUUCUGGAGAUUAUAGGAGAAGAGAGUUUAGAUUUAGAACCUAUUCUUCACCCCCAGUAAAAGUAAAGGUUUCCUUUGUUAUUAUUUUCUUUGCUGCCAUAAAGCAAUUUUGAUAUUGAUGCUGCAUAGUUUUCAUUCAUCUUACUACCAUUACAAAUUUACAA